AUGUCAUGUCUUCAAAAACGCCGGAAAAUUCCCAAAAGCUGCCUCACCGGCACAGACUUGGCUAACGCCAAAACCCUUUUUCUCUAUCUAUUCCUAGGCAACUAUGAGCGAACCAUCCAAAACGCCCUGCUCGCUUCCGGCCUACAAUUCGACGAUAGAAGGAGGGUUCUAUUCCAAUGCUUGGACCACGGCGCAAUUGAGCUCUACGUUAGAUGCCCACAUGCCUGCCAGCGUCUGCCUGAGGAUGGCCCCGGCUACGACUGGGGUGAUGAUUACUGCUAG